CAAAUAACUUCUCAAAAUUAAGAGGGGGAAAAAAUGAUAAUAUAACCUGAAUUAUGAUGAUGGGGUUCAGUUAUGUACGUGGCCGGCUAUAACGGGUCAAAAGCAACAACUGCCAAAGCCAACAAUGGAUGAUUCCGAAGCUUAUUUCACCCAAAAUCCGCAAUUGAGAAAGAGCGCCUCGUCCCCCACAGUCGUCCGAUCGCGAUCUCCGUUUCAACCCUCAGCUCUGGACACCGGAACCGAGGUCGCCGACCGGCGACAUCGUAAUCCGGCGACGGCGAGGCGUUGCUUUCUCAGCAAUUGCACCAAUCGUAUCCGAAGAUGUCGACCGUGAUUGAAUCGGAGGAGGGGGACAACUUUUGCGAAGAGGAAUUUGAGAGAGUUGAUCUUGAGGACGAUGGGAAUGAAGACGUGAGGAGAAGAGUCGUUAGGGUUUUGGAAGAGGGAUCGACGACUAGAGGAAUCAAGAGAGUUGAGCUUUCUUGGUGUAAAUUGAGGAUUCUUCCUGAAGAUUUUGGGAAGAUUCAUGGCUUAACCACUCUUGACCUAUCUCAUAAUCACCUAGAGAGCAUCCCCGAUUCAAUUGCAGGACUAAAGAAAUUACAGGAGCUUAAUGUUUCAUCCAACCUUUUGAAGUCCUUGCCAGACUCUAUUGGAUUGUUGAUUAAUCUGAAGGUCUUGAAUGUGUCGGGGAAUAAGCUCACCUCUCUUCCUCAAGGCAUUGGUCGCUGCCGUUCACUGGUGGAGUUGGAUACAAGCUUUAACAAUAUAAGGUAUUUGCCAUCAAAUGUUUGGUAUGGGCUGGUGAAUCUUAGAAAGCUCUCAAUUCACCUGAAUAAGAUCCAGACCUUACCACCAUCGAUUUGUGAAAUGUGGUCUUUGACAUAUUUGGAUGCUCAUUUCAACGAGCUCUCUGGCGUGCCAUAUGCGAUUGGGAGAUUAGCAAAUCUUGAGGUCUUGAACCUAAGUAAAAAUUUUAGUGCUUUCACGGUGCUUCCAGAAAGUUUUGGUGAACUGCUUAACCUCAGGGAUCUUGAUCUCAGCAACAACCAAAUCCGAGCUCUUCCUGACACGUUUGGCUGGCUUGAAAAUCUAAACAAGCUCAACUUGGAUCAAAACCCAAUUGUAAUUCCUUCAAAGGAGAUUGUGAGCAAGGGGGUUGAAGCUGUGAGGGAUUUCAUGUUAAAGAGGUGGAUUAACGUCAUAGAAGCUGAAGAACCGAACAGCAUGCUUCAAGCAAAUAAACAUUCGAAGACUGUGUGGUGGGCAUUGAGAACAUGUGUGUUGAAAGGGAGCACACUUCCACGGACCCGUCUUUGAAUCAAGAGAUGUGAUUUCAAAAUCUUUCCUUAUCUGUAAAUUUAUUAGUUUGUAAUGAAGCAUGUGUUGUUGACGUGUUUUGCGGCUUAAUGGUGAAUUGCCAUUAUCCCAACUCCGCAUGUUGUGUGAUGUUUGCCAUAUCUUGCUUUUAUCUGUAUAAAUUUGAACUCACCUUGUACUCAUGGUUUGUAACCAGUGAAUUGAUAUGACUUAUUAUUACAUAAUUGAUGGCUAAGAGCCUAUCUUGUUAUCCCCAAA